AUGGGGCGGCUCGCGGGCCUGCGCUGGCUCCUCGUCCUCGCGUGGGCGGCGGCGGGGGCGCUGGCCGCGGAGGAGGAUGGCAAGGCGGCCGUCGUGGCGCCGGGGCCGCGCCGGCACGCGUACGCGGCGAUGAUGUACAUGGGCACGCCCCGCGACUACGAGUUCUACGUGGCCACGCGCGUCAUGAUGCGCUCGCUGCGCGGCUUCGGCGCCGACGCCGACCGCGUGGUGAUCGCCUCGCUCGACGUCCCGCCGAGCUGGGUCCAGGCGCUGAAAGAUGAUGGUGUGAAGGUGGUCUCUGUGGAUAAUUUGAAGAACCCAUACGAAAAACAAGAUAACUUCAACUCACGAUUCAAGUUGACCUUAAAUAAGCUGUAUGCUUGGAGCUUAGUUUCCUAUGACCGAGUUGUUAUGCUAGACUCUGACAACAUGUUUCUCCAGAACACUGAUGAAUUAUUUCAGUGUGGCCACUUCUGUGCAGUCUUCAUCAACCCUUGCAUCUUUCAUACAGGCCUCUUUGUACUGAAGCCUUCUAUGGAUGUUUUUAAGAACAUGCUACAUGAGCUAGCUGUUGGGCGUGAAAACCCAGAUGGUGCAGAUCAGGGCUUCCUUGCUAGCUAUUUCCCAGACUUGCUUGAUCAGCCAAUGUUCCAUCCACCAGUUAAUGGCACCAAGCUUGAUGGAAAUUACCGCCUUCCUCUAGGCUAUCAGAUGGAUGCAUCUUAUUAUUAUUUGAAGCUCCGCUGGAGUAUCCCGUGUGGACCUAAUAGUGUGGUUACAUUUCCAAGUGCUCCAUGGAUGAAGCCAUGGUACUGGUGGUCUUGGCCAGUUUUACCUCUGGGACUUUCUUGGCAUGAACAACGUCGUGAAAACCUAGGGUAUUCAUCAGAGAUACCGAUGGCAUUAUUCCAGGCUCUACUGUACAUUGGAGUCAUCGCGGUGAACCGGCUAGCACGGCCCAGUUUGUCGAAGCUCUGCUACAACAGAAGAAUGGAGAAAAGCACCAUGUUCUUACUCACCACGCUCAGAGUAGUGGCAGCAUGGUCCAUACUUGCAGCCUACACCAUUCCCUUCUUCCUCGUCCCACGGACCGUCCAUCCGCUGCUAGGCUGGCCACUAUACCUGCUCGGCUCUUUCUCCCUCUCUUUGAUCGUCAUCAACUUCUUCCUCCUCCACCCCCUUGCCGUCCUCACGACAUGGUUCGGGAUCAUCGGCACGCUCUUUGUGAUGGCAUGCCCAUGGUACACGAACGGCGUCGUCAGGGCGUUGGCGGUGUUCGCGUACGCGUUCUUCUGCGCGCCGGUGGUCUGGGCGUCCUUGGUCAAGAUAAUGAGCUCCUUGCAGGUCCUGAUCGAGAGGGACGCCUUCAGGCUGGGGGAGCCUAACCAGACGGCCGAGUUCACCAAGCUUUACUGA